UAAAAAAUAAAACCUUUACCUUUUAUCUUAGAAUUGAUAUCAACUCCAAGGCUAAAAAAGCUAAAAAAGUGGCUGAGGCCAAAUUUGAACUCAGCACCUUUCUAUCCACUGAGCCACCCAGCUGCCUCUGACUAGAUGAUUUCUUAUGUGUCCCUGCCAGCUCUCGAUCUCUGUGCCUGUGAGGAAACUCGACCUAAUAUGACUUCAUCCUUUUUGUAGAGACUUACCUGGGGAGUAGCAGAGAUGUUGAGGAUGGAGGGAGGGGCAUGGAGGAAUGAGAACUCCACCCUUGAUUUUCAAGGACUUGACUGUAAAGUACCUUGUAAAAGCUUCAAAAAUGCCAUAUAUACUUGGUAUUUGUUUAACCUUUGUACUAAAUGCAGGUCCUCCCAGUAGGGAGAAGGAAGCUCCUGGAGGAUGGGGUUGAUUUCAUUUAUAUUGUUCCUCCACCUCAAAAAUCACAGGUGCUUACAAAAUAUUUGUUGGAUUUCUUUACGAAACAAAUGUCAGUCAAUAUUACUACUAUUAUCAUUUCGCAUGAAAUAUGGUUCCCAAAGAAAUCAUUAACCCAGGAUUUCAGUCAUCUGAAUAGCUAAUAGGAAGGCAGUCUGGCUGAGACAGGAAUUGUGAUGAUGAUCGUCCUCUCCCCAGAAUGAUAAGGGAUAAAAAGGGGGGGGCAGAUUUGGUAGCCAGCAUUUAUAGUAUUGGCCUAAAUCUUGUUUGUCUCCUUUGUCUGUAAGGAGCCAGAGAAUUUGGAGAUUGCCAGAGAGAUCUCCUUAUGACAACAUGUGAUGCAGAGAAGUAAUCUGAUUAUUUUCUGGGCUUCGGAGAGACUUCUAGCUUUAUUGAAAGGUCACAAGAAGAGGGAGGAAAGUGACCUAGGACUGAAUCUCGCCAUGAUAGAUAAGGCAAGGUGGGAGGGAGUGAAGAGAAGCUCUAAUGGUACCUUUUCAUUCAUAAGCAAGUGGCAUUAGAGCCCCAGACCCCGGGUCCAGUGCUCUGGUUCAGUAUCCCUUUAGAGAAACUAUGCAAUUGAGAAAUAAGUCUCCAAAGUAAUCUAUGCUUUACUUGUAUAGGUUUUUUUUUAAAUCAUAAAAAUGAUACAGAGACAGACUUUAGAGUUAUUUUUUAUAUACCGAGAUAGGAUAGUGGAAGAAGUACACUGGAUGUGGGGUGAGAAGACUCAGCUUUAAAUCCUGGCUUUGCCACUUCCUACCUGUGGGACCUUGGAGAGGUCACAUAAAUUUCUUGGACUUGGGUUAUUGUUGUUUUCCAGACAUGUCCAAUUCUUUGAGGUUUUCUUGGCAAAGAAACUGGAGUGGUUUGCCGUCUCAUCUUCUAGCUUAUUUUAUAGAGGAAACCGAGGCAAACAAGGUUAAGUGACUUGUCCAGGCUCCCAGAACUAUUAGGUAUCUAAGGUUAGAUUCAAACUCAGGAAGAUGAGUUUUCUUGACUUCAGGCCUGGUACCCUAUCAGUGGCCCUUUGGGACUUAGUUACCCCAUCUGUAUUAUAAGGAGAUCAGAUGAGAUGACUGCCAAGGACCCUUUCCAUGUCUUAGAUCUUGAACCCCUGAAGGAUCCAAUCAUUUGUUUUAUAAAGAUGUGAGUCCUGGAGUAGGAAUCAGAAGACCUAUGAUUUCAUUCCUUCUCUCCCGCAAACUCUGAGUGACUUUGGGCAAGAAAUGUGUCCUCCUGGACCUCAGCUUCCUCAGUAGGAGGAGGGAAGGGCUAACUUCAAUUAUAAAUCAGAGGGUUAUUCCAGCUCUAAUCAUAUUGAUCAUCAAUGGGAGAAUAUGAAAGGACGCACUUAGAGGACUUUGAAGUCAUUGCUUUGUUAUUUUCAGAUCAUAGAAAAUGCAUCAACAUGUUAUUAUUUUCAAUAAAUUAGGAAAAGAGCAAUUCUAUAAGGCAUAUGUCUGAAUUGAGAAAUUUUUUAAAGAGCCGUGUGGCUUGAUGACAUGGGGCAGGUCAUCUCACACACCCUCAGCUUUGGUUUCCUCAUAUAUCAAGAGGAUUGGCUUAGAGGAGAGAGUGGACAGAGCUCUGGGCCUCAAGUCACAAAGACCCAAGUUCAAAUCUCACCUCAGAUACUUAUGAGCUGUGUGGCCUUAGACAAAUCACUUAACCUCUGUUUGCCUUAGUUUCCUCCUCUGUAAAAUAGGGUUAAUAAUAAAGCCCACCUUCUAGGGUUGUUUUGAGGAUCAGUUGAGAUUAUAUUUGUCAGGUAUUUAGCAUAAUGCCUGACACAUAAUUAAGGCUCUAUACAAAUGCUAGCUAUUUUGUUAUUGUUGUUAUACUCCAAGAUUCCUUCUUCCUCUAAAUCCUGUCAUUUGAUUAUUACAUUUAAGUGGGCAGUUGUGUCUUGCCCAUUAUUUGGGGAGUGACAGCCUGGGCCCUUUCAUUGAUUCUCCUUGUGGCAGACCUAAAGACCCCUGAACAGGAAGCUGUCAAUCGGUCAACCUGAGUCCAGGACCCAGGGCACAGGUCAUUCCAGAAGGGACCUUGGAAAAGUCACUUCCAAUCUCUCACCUUACUUCCCCCCAGCACGAGUGGAUAGAUCUCCAGUUUUCAUGAGGAUUCAAGGACAUAGUACCGUGAUUGGAAAUAGGCUAAAAAAGUAUUGCUUAGUAAAAGGAUAAAUUAUCCCCUGAUAGACAGAUGAGACGAUUUGUCACGAGCAUCUCACAGCCUUCCUCUCAGCUGGGCUGGCUUCUACUUCUGCUGUAAGUUGGAGUGUUUUCACUUAGACGGUGCUUUGAAAGUGAUGGAAAACGAUUUGUCCUCUAUCAAAUAUAAACUCCUGCCUAUCUUUAGAGGCCCUCCAGGAGCUGACCAGUCUUUUUCUCCCUACUCUUGAAAUGCAGUUUCCUGUCUCAGCCUCCUCUCCAGUGAAUCAGGGUUGUCACUUUCCCCCCUUUUUUCUAGGGCUCCCUAGCAUGGUCCCCUUGCUCCUUUUUCAUCAUCAGGACUCAGUUCAGCUCCUGACUCCUUCAUGGAGGUUUUUGUGAUAAGAUGGGUAAGAGAGUCUGGAGUCAAGAGGACCUCAGGGUGUCCUGUUCUUUGACAGUGGGGGUAGGGGAGACAAGUUCUUUUCUCAUUGAUUUCUCAUUUAUUUAUUUCUUAUUUUAUUUAUUUUCUCAUUUAAAAAAAACAAAAUUUAUGUACACAUUAAUGUUGAGGGCUGGAAUAGAGUUGAACAAAGAAAGAAAAGAAAAAUAUCAGAAGGAAAGGAAAACAGUCUAUGAUAGAGAACUGGUCAGACAAGAGAAGACAGGCCUUGAGGAAGGUCUGUAGCCUUCAUUAUUUUCCCUCACUGUCUCCUGAGUAUGUUAGCCUGCCUUAUAGAAUGUAAUUUCUUAUCAGGAUCAUAGGUUUAGCCUUGGAAAGGACCGUAGAGUCCAUUUAAUUGGAGUCCAAAAUUUUUUAUUUUAUUUUAAACCCAUACCUUGCACCUUAAAAUCAAUACUGUAUAUUGAUUCUAAGGCAGAAGAGUGGUAAGGGCUAAGCAAUGAGGGUUAAGUGACUUGCCCAGGGUCACACAGCUAGGAAGUAUCUGAGGCCACAUUUGAACCCAGGACCUCCCAUCUCUUGGCCUGGCUCUCAACCCACUGAGCCAGCCAGCUGUCCCUAUCAUUGUUAAUUUUUUAAUUUUAAUUUUUAAAUAUUUUUCUGUAUUUAUAUGAUUCAUUUUCUUUCCCUUCUCUCUUCCCUCCCCCCUCAGAGCCAACAAGCAAUUCCACUGGGUUGUACAAGUGUUAUUCCUAUCAUUUUUCAGAUGAAGAAAGCUGAAACUUCCAGAGGUUUAGUGAUUUGGCCCAGCACCCACCAGUGCAUUAAUGAUCACCAGGACUUUUUUUGCAAUAUUGUGAAUCUUGUCUUCCUGUGUAGAAGAAUAAGCUUGCUGAUAGCAGGGAUCAUUGACUUUAUCUUUCUUCUGUAGCAUCCUGAACCUAGGUCUGAGCCCAGAACAGGCUCUUCUAUAAUAGACGUGCUGAUUCUGUAAGCAAUUUCCUCCUGGAAACACAAACUUUAUUACUGAGGAAGAUGAAGUCUGUCUCAGGCCUGAUCCUGUCCAAGUCACUCAGGACCAAUUCCCAGUUAGUGAGGGUUCUCCGGGACACCCAGUAUCCAGUUCCUUCUCUACCCUGACGAGUCACACACACCUCAUAAAAUACUAUUAAUACGGUGCAUAAUGAUUCCGUGUUUAGAUAGUUUUAAGGAAGGGUUAAGAGUGAGCCUCAAGGACUCUGGUGAAGGCUAAGUUCCUUGAAGCCUGUUCCUCAGUUUCUCUAUCUCUUAAGCAGGAAUAAACUUGAAACAACUGGGACCUCAGAGUCCUCAAUGAAUAACACUCUUGGCUUCUUCCUAUGGAACUGACCUCUGCCCACUGUGAAGUCAUAAGCCUCACAACUGCCUUGGAAACCACAACUUGUGUUCUUGAAACGAUUCUGUGGGAAGAUCGUUUUUUUUGUUGUUUUUGUUUUUUUCCCCCUCCUCGAGUUCACUUUCCCUGAUCCUAAUAAAAUCGGGCUUCUAGCCCCUGUUGACAGCUGCUUUGGGAAUUAAUUCUCUCUUCAGCUGAUUAAAGUUUAGGAGACAUUCUGAGACCCUCCCUCAAGAAAACUGAGCAACCCAACACUCAGUCCUUGUUGGAGCUACCAUCUAAGUGCUGAACACCAUUCCGAUAAAGCAACUCUCCCUUGGCAGAAUUAGCUAUGAAUCCAGUAUACCCAGAAGAAGUUGAAGAAAUGGCCACCAAGGAAAAGCUGCAGUGUUUGAAAGAUUUCCACAAGGACAUCUUGAAGCCAUCUCCUGGCAAGAGUCCAGGAACCCGGCCUGAGGAUGAGGCUGAAGGGAAGCAACCACAGAGGGAAAAGUGGUCAAGCAAGGUUGACUUUCUGUUGUCCGUGGCGGGCGGCUUUAUCGGUUUAGGUAACGUCUGGCGUUUCCCGUAUCUCUGCUAUAAAAAUGGUGGAGGUGCAUUUCUUAUACCUUACUUCAUUUUCUUGUUUGGGGGUGGCUUGCCCGUGUUUUUCCUGGAGGUUGUUCUAGGCCAGUACACUUCCGAAGGUGGAAUUACUUGCUGGAACAGGAUCUGCCCUUUUUUUAGUGGAAUUGGUUAUGCCUCCAUCGUGAUUGUGACCCUCCUGAACAUCUAUUACAUCGUCAUUCUGGCAUGGGCAACCUACUACCUGUUUCACUCAUUUCAGAGUGAGCUCCCUUGGUCCCUCUGUCAUGAGUCAUGGAACACUCCAAAUUGCUUGGAAGACAACCUGCGGAAUAACAAGACAGUUAUGUCGAAUUUCAAUACCACAAACGUCACCUCGCCCGUCACCGAAUUUUGGGAGCGCAAUGUGUUGAACUUGUCCAAGGGAAUUGACCAUAUUGGCCACUUGAAGUGGGACCUGGCCCUCUGCCUCCUCUUGGUCUGGAUCAUUUGUUUCUUCUGCAUUUGGAAAGGAAUCAAGUCAACUGGGAAAGUUGUAUACUUCACAGCUACAUUCCCCUUUCUCAUGCUUCUUGUGCUGUUAAUACGUGGAAUCACCCUUCCUGGAGCUGCCUCUGGCAUCAAGUUUUAUUUGUAUCCUGAUGCCGGUCGUCUGUUGGAUCCACAGGUCUGGAUUGAUGCUGGGACCCAAAUCUUCUUUUCCUAUGCUAUUUGCUUGGGGGCAAUGGUCUCGCUGGGAAGCUAUAACAACUACAAAUACAACUGCUACAGGGACUGUAUGCUGCUGGGAUGCCUGAACAGUGGUACCAGUUUUGUGUCUGGCUUCGCAAUUUUUUCCGUCCUGGGCUUCAUGGCACAAGAACAAGGGGUGGACAUUGCAGAUGUGGCCGAGUCAGGUCCAGGCUUGGCCUUCAUUGCCUACCCGAAAGCUGUGUCAUUGAUGCCACUGCCCAUGUUUUGGGCCAUUCUUUUUUUUAUUAUGCUUCUGUUGCUUGGACUGGAUAGCCAGUUUGUUGAAGUUGAAGGUAUGAUCACAUCAUUGGUUGAUCUGUACCCAUCCUUCCUAAGGAAGGGUUACCAUCGGGAAAUAUUCAUUGCUAUAGUGUGUCUCUUUAGCUACCUUGUGGGCCUUUCUAUGGUGACUGAAGGUGGCAUGUAUGUGUUUCAACUCUUUGACUACUAUGCAGCUAGUGGUGUAUGCCUUUUGUGGGUUGCAUUCUUUGAAUGUAUUGCUGUUUCCUGGGUAUAUGGCGCUGAAUCUCUUUAUAAUCACAUUGAAGAUAUGAUUGGAUAUAGACCUGGGCCCUGGAUGAAAUGGAGCUGGUAUGCAAUCACACCGAUUCUUUGCGCUGGAUGUUUCGUCUUCUCUCUGGCUGUACAUAUCCCACUGACCUACAACAAGGUGUACACCUACCCUCACUGGGCCAUUGGCCUAGGCUGGUGCAUGGCCCUCUCUUCCAUGUUAUGCAUCCCCUUCUUUGCGAUCUAUCGGCUGAGCAAGGCAAAAGGAUCACUCAUGGAGAGAUUUAGGGAAACGAUUACCCCGAAACCCGUGCCACAGUGGUCCCGUGACUCUGAGGGGGCCACACCAUUCUGUUCCAGGAGCAAUUCAAAUGGCAACAUCAUGAAACCCACCCAUAUCGUCGUGGAGACCAUGAUGUGAGCUCUCUCUGUGAGAGGAGAAACCUGCUUUAACUGCCGUUUACUAACCUUAGAUUCUCAUAGUACCAGGUUUACAGAGCUUUCUAUUUGCACUAGGAUUGGAUUUUUUUUGUUUUUUCCCCUUGUUUGUUUUUUCAUUCUCACAGAGAAAGUUAUUUUUCGUGUGCGUGUGCGUGUGUGUGUGUGUUGUAUUUUUUUUUAAGACUAUUUUAUAAGGUAACCACAUGCAGGCGUCUCCAAGGAGACUGAGCUUUCAUAUCAAAUUAGAUGUAUUACAGGAAUUUGUUAAUUUUUUUAUGUCAAGCUAUGAUUAUAUACCUUUACCACUUGAAUCGAUCUUCUUGCCAGCAAUAUAUUCAGUUUCUAAAGCAAUCUCCAGGUGCUGGUGUGGUUGGGAGAAGGAUCAUACACAAGAGCUCUAGGGUAAACUUUGUCCCAAAGAACAAAAAGGAAGACUAUUCUGAGCAUUUCAAAGGUGUAGUACCUUCUGAAUGUGGUUCAGACAGGAACAAAAAUGGCAGGUGGAGAGGACCGGGCCAGCCGGCCAGUCAUGUUGGCCAUGGUGAAAAGUGAAGGAGGCAUUGGAAAUGAAGCCAAUCAAAGUUUGGCUAUUGGAGCUUCAUUAUCCUUGUGUUGUAGCUGAGGAGAGAGAUGCACACACACAAAAGCUAACACUGAGAAUGAAACGGGAACCUCCAACCCUCACAAAAGCAACAAAAGAAGUGGCCUUCUCUUACAGUUUAAGUCAGAAGUAUAGCCACUGAAGACUUUCGAAGAGUAGUAAGCACCUCUAUUUCAGCUAAUUUUUUUUAAUAAAGUCAAAAAAGGAAUGAUAAUCUAGACUUUGGGAAAUUCUCAUUGUUUAAAAAAAACACCCUACAGUCUCAAAGAAUUCAAUAUAAUAAUCAUGCUUUAAAAUGAGAAACCAUUAAAGGAGUUUAUAGCCCUCUGAUAUAGACUAUAACUCAGCAGUGGCAAAGAUUUUUCCCCUCUCUUGAGUUUUACCUAGUAAGUCAUUUUGUUGGGGUAUCUCCUCCCAUCCCAAUGGAAUUAGGCUCUCCAACCUUUCUGACUGAGCUAGGGCAUAAAAGAUAGCAAGUUGCAGGGACCAGAACUCUUGGUAGGGUUUUGGUGGCAAUGGUCAGGCUGACCCACUACCAAUUUUGGGCCAUUCUAGAAUUGCUCAUCCAUAUUCAGCCUUGAUCUUCAAAUAACUGGCUUUUCUUCUAGUGUGCUCAGGUUCCAGGAAACUCUAAGGAGAGGUGGUCUUUGCUGAAUCAUUGGGGAACACCUUGCUUCUUGAAGGGUUUUGUUUUAGCUACAGGGUCCAUAUUUGUUUCCACAAUAUCUCCUUUUUGUUGUUUUUUUUUUUCAAUUUGUUUUUUGUUUAUUUUUUUUAAUGGAAACCUACCUGGUUCUUGACAUUCCUAAAAAUCAUAAAUCUCUACCCACCAUUAUGGCGUGGCCUUCUUAAACCAAAUCAUACAUUUGAUGAGUCACUUAGGUAUAGGGAUGAGGGAGAAGAGUGCAAGUGGACCAAAGAAAGUUUAAUGUGUGCAAUUGGGACCUGCCUUGGGUUGGGGGUUUUUGAGUGGGGCUUUGGGGAUAUGGCAGUCACUAAAAACCAAUGUGCUGUUACUCGUUCUAGCAUUUCCCAGUCCUCUCUCUUCAACCUCCUCUUUCCACCUCCAAGUAUUUAUGUUUAAAAGAUGUGGAAAUGGAAUCCUCCCACCACAGUCUGUAACUAAGUCUUCUUGAAGUUAGAGGCGGGGAAGGCACCUAUUUACCUUAUGCCCCAGCAAUUAGUGAUACCCUUUGGCGGAGUCAAUUCCUUACCUCCUGACUGUUUGGGUUGUCCACUGGACACCCAUCCAAAUUCAGCCACAGCCCAAACAUGGAGAUAGCAUGUGGGUUGCAACUUAACCUUCUAAGCAGUGAUGUUAAAAGAAUCUUUCUUAGAAGUCAACCUCUGCCCUGCCUAGACCCAGAGAAAAGGGAGAUUUCCACAUCAUGGGGUAAUAACCAUGGUCCAUUUCACCAUACCAGGAUGGGACGUGGGAGCAGGCAUGCAGUCUUAAUUUCCAUCCUCAAGUGAAAGUCCUUGGCAGCCCUAGAUAGAUGCUACAGUAGUAAAACGCUAAUUUUUAGGAUGCUACCUGUGUUGUUUACACAUACACUACAAAGCAAUGACAAUAGAUGGAGGGAAGUGGAGAGGGAGAAAGGGAAGAACUGGGGGAUAGGACAGUGAAGAAAAGUGUUUAUGUAUUAAGAUUUUCAGUGGGGCCAACACCCCAAGACAAUAUUUCUCCAACUCCCUGUAGGGUGAAUGAUUAUGUUCCGCCAUGAACCAGACGAUAUGGUACUACACUUUUAAAAUCGUCACUAAGGAGACACCAGCCCCAUUUGUAACUUGAACUGUGCCAUUCAAAUCAAUUGCUUCCAAGUUCAGAGUAUAUAACCAAAAAGAAAAAAAAAGGGUUUCUUAAGUGUCACACACAUAUGCAAUGACCUCAUUGUAUGAAGUGAAGUGUAUGAAGUGAAGUGUUUUUUGUUUUGUUUCUGUUUUUCCUGGGAUAAGGUACUCUGGCCCUGGUGGAAGAGUUCAGCCCGGUUUAGAGACAAGGCUGGAUUCUCAGAGAGCAGGUUCUCACUAAGAAAACCUACCCUCCAUCCCUGACUCCAAACACAGAGAGCUGUUUGGAGCAUGUCCUCUUGGAGGGGUGAUGGAGGGGAGAGGGCAGUGCUUUUCAAAUACUCUUAUCUGUUCGAAAUGUCACCCAUUAGAAAUCCACACAUCCCCUAAAAUGAUAUUCUGCCAAAUGUAACUCAUAAUCCAAACUCUUUAAUAAUUCUAUUAUGUUUGUAUUUUUCUAAGUAUUUAUGAUUGUAAGCGUGUUUCCCCCUUUCCCCCCAGGUUUCCUUUGUAGAAAUGUGAUCUCUGUUGUAUACGACUUUAGUGAAUUAACCAUUCAUCAUGAUUGGGGAUGGGUGAAAUAAUUUUUAAAAGUUGCCCCUCCUGCCACUCCUUUCACCCCCCAAAACCAGAUCUGAACCUAGCCAGUCACUGCUUUUUGGCCAUCAUCCUGGCUAGGAAGUAGAAACAUGGGGUGAAAAACGGCAGUAUUCUGAACCCUUCCUAAAUUAGCACAUUCUGCAACUGGCCUGAGAAAGGUCUCAUCUUUCAAGAUCCUCAGGCCAGCCAUUUUUCUAGACCAAAGAUUUCUAGACAAAGCUCUCAGCCAGCAUUUGGAAAACUGGCUACUCCAGCUGAUGACGUUUUCAGAAACCUUUAUUGUUUCACCCAUCAUCAAACAUGAUCUCUCUUAUAACUAUUCUGUCUGUAUAGAACACAAUUCCAUGGAUAGUAUGUGUAAUAAUGGUCGACUUUUAUAUAUUCAUUUAUCUACAUAAAUCUAACUUUAAUUAGCAUUCUGAUGAGUCUGGUCCGACUAUGUCUAAGUACGUGAAAUAUGGGCCCUCUGAAUGGUGAGAGGCCCAGAUGCGGUUGAAACAACAUUUUUCAUGGAACUUAAACCAAAGGAAUGCACUGCCUUCACCAUUUUUUCUCCCUGCCAUUCUAGGGAGAUGCCCCAGGUUGUAAGAUCUUGGAGGGUAAGAAGAGAAUAAUUGGUAGAAAAGAAAAAGAAACCUUUGGAAUCAAAGGAGAGAUCCUUGGAUGAAUAUUAGCUGAAAUGAACUUGAUUGAAUGAGAUGAGUAGCUUUUUCUUCAGAGAGGGUCCAAAGAUUCUUAGAAUAUAAGAGUUGGAAGGACCUUGAGGAUGAUCCAGCCCAGUCCCUCAUUGGUCAGAGGAGGGAACUAAGGCUCAAAGGAGGUAGUGACUUGAUCAAUGACCUACAUCAAUUUAGUAGUAACCCCGAUGGUACUAGGACUUAGAUUCUCCCAUCUCCUAUCGUCCUAGUGCAGAACUUUUUUUUUUCACCACUCUAUCUUCAUCCUCAUGGUAAUUGAUGCUUGGGCCUGAUCUGAAAUCUAAAUUAAUAUAGAACAAUACAAUUCUCCUGUUUCAUUGGUUUUGCAAAUACUUUCUUGUCUGCUAUCACCAAAUUAUUAAAAUGGGAUCAAGACAAGUUAAAAAAUUAGUUGAAAAAAUUAAAAUAUCUUUAAAAAUCCUGGGAAGUUAAGGGUUGGAAGGGCCCUUAAAAACACAGAAUCUUAGAGUCAAAAGGUACUUAGAGCAUAAACUGUUAGCACUAGAAGGAGUGUUAGGACAGAGAAUGCUAGAACUGAAAAGAACCUUAGAAUCUCAGAGGGUCAGUGCUAGAAAAGAACAUUUUUAGGAGGAGAAAUGGAAGGUCUCCAAAAAGGAAGGGACUCACCAAAGGUUUCCCAAGUGGCAAGCAGAGCUCCUGACUCCACCUAUAAUACCUUAAAUCAUUAUUAUUUUCUCCUAUUAGAAGAAUCUGAAGUUAUAUCCCUCUUCCUCACGCUGCCUUAUUUGACAUUUAAAUUGAGGUAAAGAUAGCAAAGUCCCAUCCAACUCACAGAAUAGAUUUCAUAUCUAUCAAGUGUGUCAAGAUGGAUGUUAAAUUAGGGGGACUCUUUAUUAUUUCUUAGAAAGGAGCAAACAGAGAAGGAAGAUGUCUGCCUUUGAUACUUCCCUCACAUUGAGAAUCCUGGCAAAACCCAGAGAGAGUAGUGUAGUGUUUCUGUUUUGACAAGCAAACCUUAAAGAAUGAUCUGCUCUUGGGGAUCUAUUCAUCAUUCUUCAGGUCCCCUCCAGCUUAGCAAGUGGUAUGAUUCUGUGUCUGGCUGGGCUCUUCCUUGAUGCUAAUUAUUCGUUAUUUAGUUUUUUUCCCAGGGAUGCUUAUUCCCUCCCACAAUCCUUUGAUACAUGGUAAUCAGAGAAUCAUCUUUUGCAGAAAUUGGAAUAAACAAUAAAUGUAUUCAAAUAAAAUCCAAAAUAACUCAAAUACCAAGAAAGAAACAGUAGUGGUGAAAACAAAAAGCCUGAGAAACGUUUGAAGAAAAGGUUGGAAUUUGAGGAUAGUGAAUGUGAAGAGUGGAGAGCUGUUGCUCCCCUUCAGCCUAUCCCAUUCAUUUGUUUUGAAAUGAGGUGCUGAUUUUGAUCUACACAUCUCUAUACAUGUGGACCUGUUCAUAUUCAAGCUCAUUGCCCACUGGAAAUAGCCAUACAGCUGCCAGAUUUUUCUACAGACACUUCUCAGAGAUUAUAGAGCUCUGGUGGGAUCCUUUCCCAUGCUCCCUUUACACCUCCACAGCUUCUCAAACUCCUUCCAUUGGCUUCCUAUCCUGACCCACAGCUCCCUAGUGAUCCCAUCACCCUCAGCUUUUUCAUCUCUCCUCCCCUUCUUUAAGGCAACAAAUAACUACUGGCAAGUUGUAUUGCUCCAAGUAUUCUCUUCAGUGCUAGUGGGCCUGUGCCCACCCACCUUUGCCCUCAGGGCUCCCUUCUUUGUCCCCGUGUUUUUAAGAGGUCAUGGACCCAUGAAGGGGCACAAAAGACAGGGAUGCACAGGCAGAGCUUUUGAAGCAAACCCCAACCAGCAUCUCCAGGUGUGCUUUCAAUAGUGAGUGAGGGAAGACCCCAUCGAGUAAGGGGCCUAAAUAUCUACCCCACUGGACAUUCACCAUUCAGCAAGGAUCAGACUCAGGAUAUGGACAAAGGCCACCCCCCCAGAGUGGGGGACCCAAGGCACAAAGCAAGCAUGUAACUGAACUGAUAUAGACCUCUUUUAGCAUGUGACCAGGUUUUAGGAAAUCUCAAUUUUGGAAUCAGAUUCUGUGUGGGUGUUGUAAAUAAUUUUGUGUCUGACAAAAAGCAAACAAAAAAACAAAAAAAGGAGGAAAAUACUCAAAUCUUGGAGGAUUUGGGGGCCAAUCGGAGAUAGAGAAUCAAAGACUCUGAGGGCAGAAAACCAAUCCAUUUAUUCCUCACUACAAGAAACGCCAGGAGGUGACCUCCCUGGGUGCUGGAGGCAGCCAGGUCAAGUUUUCCCUGGAAUGCCUGUUUCAAAAGGAAGCUGUUCCUCAUUGUUGUAUUGUGAAUGUUACCACUGAUGCUUCCAGAGUUUUGCUACAUCAGAUGUGACAUCUCGUCUAUGUAUCUGGCUUAAAAAACAAAUGUGGGUUCCUUUAAAAAAAAAAGUCAUAGUAACUGUGACCGUAUGAUUAUUAGCACAUCAGAAAGUGGGGAUUUUUCUAUUUCCUCCUUUCAAAAACAAAUCUGUCUGAAUAAUCUGAACUUUUUUAAAACUUUAAAGAUAUUUUUAAGACAUUUUCAGCUUUUUUUAAAUUAAAAAAAAAUUCACGAGAGACUGUUCCGAACAGGAAUAUUUGUAUUUGAACAAGAUUUUUGGCAUGUAAUUCAGUCUUGCAGUAUACAAGCUUUGUGUAUAAAUGUUUGAUGAUAAGAAUCUCUGUUUGUACUUGGCAGGUUUUUUUUUCUGUUUUGCUUUUUAGAUAAUAUGUAUAUCGAUAUUUUUAAGUCAUCUUUGCUUUUUUUUUAGAGGAGUUUGUAAUCACCUUAUAACAGAUAAAAAUAAACCUUUCCUUUAUAAAUCCAA